AUGAACUGUUGCCACCAAAAUCAGACAGAAGUUCUUUCUCAAAUUUUUGCAACAUUAUACGAUUACCCAGCGCUAAAGAACUGCGAAGGACUCAAGCAUUAUGUGAAAGACUGUGUUCGAUUAGCAUGGAGCUUGUCCAAUCAGUACCCAUCAUUCAUCAUUGAGUAUGAUGCCAGAACUUUCCGUAGGGACCUUCAUGUUCGUUUCCAUUCAUCCAAUCAAGAAUCUGAUCAUAUCAAGACAUACUUAUGGCCCACUCUCUUAGAAGGAAGAAAUGGGCCUUGUGUUCAUAAAGGUGUUUGCGAAAUCAAAGAGUGCUUGGAUGCUGUGUACGGUGACUCUUCUCCUUCAAUGGCGACCGUCAAAAAUUGGUUUAACAAGUUUCAACGUGGUCGCACAUCAGUUUUUGAUGAGCCUUGCCCAGGUGCCUCAAAAACUGCUACCACGGAGGAUAACGUGACAAAAGCCCACGAUCUCGUAUUGGCAGACCGCCAAUUUAAGGUUCGCAAGAUAGCUGAGACAGUAGGCAUCUCAAAAGACCGCGUGGGUCAUAUUCUGCAUGAAAUAUUGGGCAUGAGAAAGCUGUCAGCUCGAUGGGUGCUGCGUUUGCUUACUCCAGACAACAAGCGCAUCCAUGAGACCACUUCAGAGCAGUGUUUGACACUGUUUAAGCGCAAUCCGAAGGAGUUUCUGCGUCGUUUCACGAUCGUUGACGAAACAUGGAUUCACUGGUACACACCAGAGACCAAGGAUCAGUCGAAACAGUGGACUUUACCCGGCGAAUGUGCUCCGAAGAAGGCGAAGACUGUCCCAUCGGCCGCAAAGGUGAUGGCCACCGUUUUCUGGGUUCACAAGGUGUGAUCUACAUCGACUACCUGGAGAAAGGCAAAACGGUAACAGGGCUCUACUAUGCCGAACUAUUGGGCCGAUUCGAUCUCGAAUUGCAGAAAAAACGGCCCCAUUUGGCGAAGAAAAAAGUGCUCUUCCACCAUGACAACCCACCGGCUGAAACCUUCGCCGUCGCCACAGCCAAAUUGGUCGCAUUAGGCUACGAACAGCUGCC